GGUGACAUGUUAUGUUAUCAAUUAAACAGCGGGUUGAGAUUUCUUUUGUACGCAUGUCGAAAACAGUGGCCAAUGGAGAGAGGGCGUCAAUCUAGAUUUGGUUUUCAUCACGGAAGUGACGAAGUCGCGAAAAGGAAGGGUUCGAGUUCACAACAAAGAUGGCGGCGGCCGCUGAACAGGCACCGAAAGGCUCACACGUGGGCAAAACGAAAAAGCCUCGAGCUCGUUACUGGCACGAGAAGAAAGAUGAAAGCGACGGUGGAAAACAGGCUGCUGAUACACAGCAGCAGAUGCCUCAAAAAACGUCAGCAAAGAGGAGGAUGAAAAAGAACGACCAUGGACAAGAAAAACGCUUUAAAUCUGGGAAACAAGAUGCUUUCCCAGGACCUGCUUCUAUUCCCGAAGCCACGCUGCGGAAGUUUACAAGGAAAGGGAAAACGAAAGAGGAGGUCAGCAAGCACCACUUAAAGCUGAAAGAAGCCAUUGCUCGUUCAGAUGAAGCCUCAGAAAUGGCCCAAAAACAAGCUGCCCGGUUUGACCUUCUACUCCCAGAAGAAGCAGGGUUUCUAGAAGGAGACGAAAAUGAGGACACAUGUACUAUCUCACAGCAAGAUAUUGCAGAUGCUGUGGAUAUAACGUCUGGGACCAAGUAUUUUGACUUGAAUCUGUCUCAAUUUGGACCAUACCAACUGGAUUACAGUAAAACUGGACGUCACCUGCUGCUUGGUGGGAGGAGAGGCCAUGUUGCUUGUGUUGACUGGCAAUCCAAACUUUUGAUGUGUGAAAUAAAUGUGAUGGAGUCCAUUCGUGAUGUUCGAUGGCUUCACACUGAGACCAUGUUUGCAGUGGCUCAGAAGAAGUGGCUGUUCAUCUAUGACUCAAAUGGAAUUGAACUUCACUGCAUCCGCAAGUUCAAUGAUGUCCUUCGCAUGCAGUUUCUGCCCUACCACUUUUUGUUGGCCACCGCUAGUAUGACGGGUUUCCUGCAAUAUCUUGAUGUAUCCGUGGGAAAAGAGGUCGCCGCCAUAUGCACCAAGAAGGGCCGCCUGGACGUGAUGUGCCAGAACCCCUCCAACGCCGUCAUCCAUCUCGGGCACUCCAACGGCACAAUCACCCUCUGGUCGCCCAGUCAAAAAGAGCCCCUCGUCAAGAUGCUGUGUCACCACGGUGGAGUGCGCUCUGUCGCCGUGGACAAAACAGGAACAUAUAUGGUGACGUCGGGCAUGGACAAAAAGCUGAAGGUGUUUGACGUCCGAACUUUCCAGAACCUCAAUUCUUACUUCCUCCCUGCUGGAGCUUCCUGUUUGUCAUUGAGCCAGCGGGGGCUGCUGGCUGCAGCCACGGGGGAUGUCGUCCAGGUGUACAGGGAUGUCUGGAGCUCUCCAGUGAGAAAACCCUACAUGGCCCACAGAGCCCAGGCUGCAGCAUGUGAGCUACGCUUUUGCCCCUUCGAGGAUGUCCUCGGGAUCGGGCACGGACAAGGCUUCAGUAGCAUGCUCGUACCAGGAGCGGGUGAGCCAAACUUUGAUGGCCUGGAUUCAAAUCCAUACCGCAGUGCCAAGCAGAGGCAGGAAUGGGAAGUUAAGGCGCUGCUGGAAAAGAUCCAGCCUGAGCUUAUCAGUUUGGACCCCACUCAACUCGGAAAGGUUGAUCUUGGCACCUUCCAGCAAAAGCACCAAGACAGAGUGCAGGCCCUGGGCUUUGAUCCUCUUGCCAAAGAAAAGUUUGUCCCCAGGCAUAAGAAAAAAGGCCGCAGUUCAGCGGGCAAUGUGGAAAGGCGGAAGAGGCAAGUCGCUAAUAUUGACCAGAGGGAUCUUAUAGUGAAAAGUAUGGAGGACAAAAUGAAGCUGGAGCAAGAACGAAAAGCAAAGGAAAAGAAGAUGGCAGCUCUCGCCAGCCAAAAAUCAGCUCUGGGCAGAUUCCAAAAAUAGAAGAGGAGCGAGCCAUUGGCCCCCUCAAACACUGUGACAUCCUCGUUCUGAGUGACGCACGCCGCGUGUGGUCAAAACAAGCCGUGCCACAAACCCAGAAGGAGGACAUUGUUUCUGAUGAGUAACGUUCGUUUGUAGUCAGCGGUGAGCGAUGUGGCAGUGUAUCUUGUUCAUACCUUUAAGCACGUCCUGUCUGCAGAGGAAAAUUGAAAAAGAACUAACUCAUGUACUUUAUUAGCUCAACUAUUUCUUCAAUUCAAUAGAAAUGGAAGUGCCAAAGUGCAUGAGUCCAUACAGUGUGACAUGAAAAAGAUGAACUGAUAAGUGGAGGUCAAAAGUAGUUUAUUGCUAAGCAUAACCACCUCCGCCAUUGCUUAUAUUUGCAAAUGGAUUAUGAUUUAACAGCUGAUCCCUGCCUUUGUACUUUGCAACUGUUUGUAGGCCAGAAAUAAAUAGUCCAGCUAAGAAAUUUAAACAAAUGUAUCCCCAUCUAAGUCAUUUCAGAUUAGAAAUCAUUUUAUGGUGUUCACAAUGUGCAUGUAUUCUGCAGUUGAAAUUUCUCCUGACAGUCGCAUCAAAAUGCAAACACACACACAAAAAAAUACUAAUUGAAAAUGAAAGGCUGGAAAAAGAACAAAGAAGGAAGUAAAACGACAGCCACAACUUCAUCUCCUUUGUGACGCCUGGUUCCUGGUGCUAGUUAAAUAUUAUACACACACACUGUUGGCGUAAGCAGCGUACUUUGACUCGUGUCAAAGUGUUUUGAAACGUGGCGGGUAAAAAAAAAAUGGAAUUGUGGAAAGAUUUUGACUCCUUUAUUGAAUGGCCACAUUCCGUUCACAGUAAUUUCCUCAAUGUAAAACACAUUUGUUCAUUUUUCGGAAUACAUUGGAUUGGAUUGAGGAAGUGGAGCAGGAUAAACUGAGGUUGAACUGUCGAUUUGUUAAUAUCGCCUCAUCGGCACAACCCUCCAACAAUGUUUAGUCUCAUCAUAAAACAGAAUAAAUACUGCUCGGAUUGGAACAGCGGGGACACCGUGCAUUAUGUACAAUGUGUUAUACAUACAGUAUGUGUUGCAAUGUUCCAAUUUGUGUUCAGUGCUGUUAUCACGGUAGUUCAGAUUUUGCAUAAUCCCCCUGUAAUUACGUAUCACGUUUGUACCUGUAAGAUGUUUCAUUUGCUAAGAAACAUUCUGUUUUUGUCAUUCUUAUUUAACGACCAGUGUUAGAAUAAAAUAUGGUAGAA